AUGUCGAUCGAAAGCAAUAAGCUCGACAACAUCCACACGGAGACCACCGUUCUUGACAAACCAUGCAAGUUUUGCAAAGUCCUCGAGCUUGACGAUGCUCUAUAUGGUGGAGAGAUCAAGAACAACGGGAAUAGAGAAACUUUUGUCGAUUUUGGUGAGGUUGCGGAAACUAAACAGGAUCGAAUUACAAACUCUGGAUGGAGAGUGGCCAUGGCGAUAAAGGCUAUGAGUUUCUUGAGACCGAAUAACGACGUGGAUGCCCCAAGGACCGUUGCAAAGACAGAACUGCGGUUAUCGUACCCGAGGAGAGACAGGCUUCCCGAUCUGCAGGCAAUUGGCGAUACAGCAUCAACUGGGUGUGUGUUUUGCAAAGUACUCCGAAGUGACCUAAGAGCCGCGUGGGAGACGACAGAGGCAAAAUGGGGAGACGAGAGGGAAGAAGAGAAGGACAGAGACGAUGAGAGUGAAGAACAAAGCACAAUGGAGCACGAAGCAGAAGACAUGAAUGCCGAUUUGGAGGAUGAAGAUGACCAGCAAGAGUUCGAGAAGAAAGGAAACGAGGAGAUUGCCAAGGACGCCCAAUUCGCAAAUACAGAGGCACAAACUAGUAAAGCUGAUUUGGUGAUCACCGAGAUGAUCUACAAGCUUCGGGAAUAUGGAGCCGCUGAUGAUCGCCCUCAACGAACAUGGCUGGAUGCGUUAGGACAGCCCUUCAUGAGCGAUCCAUUGUCUCCCGUGUCUCUGAGAAGAAUGAAUGAACUCAUUCAACUUUCAGAAAAAGAACAACCAGUGAAAGUCGUCAAGAAUUCCUUCUUGCCAACUCGUCUACUUGACGUGCAGGCAUCUUGUCCAUCUGGCUUGCGUCUGGUCAUUACCGAAACGGAUCCUGAUGUCUACACGCUUGACGCUUCGCAAAGACGAUACGCGGCCUUGAGUUAUUGCUGGGGUUCGGGGGACGCAGCGUUGAAACAGCUGAAAACCACGAAAGAUGUGUUGCAGAAGCACCUCUCUGAGGUCCCUAUGGACAAGGUGCCCCAAACAGUCGUCGACUCGAUCCGAGUCUGUCGAGCGCUCGGCUUACAAUACCUCUGGGUCGAUGCCUUGUGUAUUCUCCAAGGGGAUCGGGAAGAUUGGUCAAAGGAGUCAUUCCAGAUGUCCAACAUUUACGAGAACAGUUACCUCACACUAUGCGUUGUGCAAGGUGAUUCGUGCUCCAGUGGGUUUCUUCGCAAGGACCACAACCCGCCCAAUGUAAGAGUUAAGUUCCAAUCGAAGCUUGAUAGCUCGAUUUCGGGCAAUAUCACUCUUCGGAUGCUUCACCCGCCCCCAACAACAUUGCGGAGGUGCACAAAAGAAUUCGGGAAGUACAGUCGCAUUGAUGAUGAGCCUGGGAAUUCGGACCUCGAGUCUGCCUCGUGGGGCACACGAGGCUGGACGUUCCAGGAGGAUCAACUGGCCCCGCGAAAGGUGUUCUUCGGCAACCUGAUGUUCCACGUCAGUCGCGGUUCGAAGCUUGAAGCAGCCGACAGCUCUACUGUGGAACACUUCCGUUUUAUCGACACUAUGGGGUCUUUGGAACAAGGACUAGAGACUUGGUAUAGCAUGAUCACAGACUACUCUAAACGAGUCCUUUCCUUUGAGCAGGACAAGUUCCCGGCCAUCGCAGCUUUGGCCAGACAUUUCAGCGAAAGAUUCGAGGGUCAGAGGUACAUGGCAGGCCUGUGGGAGUCAGACAUCCACAAAGGCCUUCUUUGGACCUCAACCUCGGAGUGGAAGGAAUUCGACGAAUACCAGAGGCUUGUGCCAAAGGAAUAUACUGCGCCAUCUUGGAGCUGGGCCCGUCGUCCCCUGCGAUUAGAUUGGGUUCUGAUUGGUGAUGAAAACCCCAAAUCCGAGCUUAUCGUCCGCGGCUCAGAUGUCGUAACAGAGGAGCACAAUAAGUUUGGCCGCAUUUCAAAAGGCCGUCUACUCCUGACAGCGCGAAAGUUCAAACCAACAACGCGACGAAACGGAAAGAUCGGGAUCAAGCACUCAGAUGCAUUGUGGAAGUUCAUGAACUCACGACCGUUCAACUACAUGUUGCAGUCCAAAAACAACGAGUAUAUGGCCAAGAUCCGAUUUGACUGGGAUAGCCAAUCGUCUCUUAACGACGAUGGCUACCCACGUGGACCGAUGAACGAUAUAUCUUUGAUCCUCACUGCUAGUAUAUUCCCAGGAAAUGACUGGAUGCUGAAGAGUGAUGAUUUAGCGGAUGAUCAGGAGCUGUUGCUUGGGAUCGUCGUGAUACCUUCAACCGAAGAACAUGGCGCGUACGAAAAGAUAGGGCUCUUCUUUACGGAAGAUAGAGGGGAGGGUGGAAGAAAGUUCUGGAAAGAUAUUCCAAUGCAGGACUUGGUACUUGUUUAG